CUGCAAUUUAGUGUCAGGACCUCGUGGAUGCAGUUGUGAAGCUCCCAGCUACAGGCGUCGCCAUAUUGUAGAGUUCGUGCAUGAAAUAUAUCAGCGAGAUGGAAAAUAAUUACGGUAUCACGGUAACUAAUCGGUAUAGAUUGUUCUUGGACGACGAUGAGGACCCAUUAGAAGUCCUCAAAGUCCAAGAACAGGCUAAAGAAGCUAAGAAGAAAACUAAGGUAUGCGAAAAGGAGAAGGAAAAUAAGAGCAAGCCGGAAUCAAAAACUAAGCAACCUCCACAAGUUCGAAAAAACGUGAGGGAACCUGUGCAAAGUGUGAAAUCUAUAGAUUCAGGGAAGAUCAAAGAAGAUCAGAAAAGCAAGCCAACUACCCAGCGUGCAUCUCAAGAUAGAGAUCAGAGGAAUGUAAAGUUCAGCGACUCGCGUGACCGAGAAGAACGUAAUAACUGGAAAAAUCAAGAACGAGGUGGUCAGAAUAAUGAUUUCAACAGGGAGCAAAGAGAUCGUGAUACUGCAAGGCCAGAAGGUACAGAAGGAAGAUUUAGAGGUCGUGGUGGCCGUGGCGUAUUCCGUGGUGGCCGCGGAGGCCCGCCUAUGCGUGGAAUGCGUGGUGGUAUGGGCUAUGACACUCGCGGAAAACGUGAAUAUGAUCGUCAAUCUGGAUCCGAUAAAACAGGUGUGAAACCUGUUGACAAGAGAGAAGGUGGUGGCGCUCAUAACUGGGGAAAUCACAGGGAUGAAAUACAGGAGCAGCUGAACACCCAAGUUCAAGAUGAUCCUGAAUGGCAAGCUGAAGAAUUUGUGCCAGAGAAUCCAACAAAAGAUGUUCAAGCUUCAGACUCGGAAGGUGAUACACCACAGCCAGUAGAAGAUGAAGGACCUAGGGUACUCACACUUGAUGAAUAUUAUGCCCUCCGUCGUCACCGGCAGAAACCAACUUACAAUAUACGCAAAGCUGGAGAAGGUGAAGAUCCAUCUCAGUGGAAGAAAAUGUACGCUUUAACAAAGAAGAAAGAAGGAGAAGAGGAGGAAGAAGAGGAGGAGGAAUACGAUGCAUCAGAAUACCCGCAGCGUGUUGGACGACAGAAGCACAUCUUGGAUAUAGAUAUUCACUUUGCUGACUCGAGACGUGGCAGUAGAGCUCGUGGUCGUGGUGGUAUGCGAGGUGGCCGUGGCAUGCGAGGUACAGGACCUGUAGGCCCUGCCCGUAAUGGAGGUGUUGGAAGAGCAGGACCAUUGGGUGACCGUAAUCAGAUGAGAGACCGAUUUGACAGACAAGAGAAUUUCCAGAAUCGUAGUCCUCGGCAGCAGAGUGCUCCAAAGUUUGAUGACGACCAUGACUUCCCAUCUCUUGCAUAAAAUUUACCAGGCUAGUCAACAAUUUGUUGCUGAGUGCAUAUUGUACUAAAAUUAAGAAGUUCAGUUUGUGCAAAAUGAAUUUAUCAAUAAUGCUCUAAAGUUAGAUUUUUCUUGCAAGUUUUUAAUCCGUGUUGAUAUGUUAGCAGUGGAAGAAAGGGGGCAAGGGAGGUGUGUGUGUGUGUGUGUGUGUGUGUGUGUGUGUGUGUGUGUGUGUGUGUGUGUGUGUGUGAGAGAGAGAGAGAGAGAGAGAGAGAGAGAGAGAGAGAGAGAGAGAAAUUCUGCUGCUUGUGUUUUGCUGUCUGUUAGGUAAAUUUUUGGUGUGCAGUGUGGAAAAUUAAUACACACACUUAACAGUGAACGUUAUUAGGCUGACCACUGAGGGUAGUGUGAUUUAAAUUCCUCUUUGUAUCAAAACAGUGUGAAUUUGAGAACAGUCAGCUGUUAAUUUUAUAAAACAAAUUUUCUUGUGUGUUGAGGGAGAGGAAGGGAUGAAUGUAGUAACCAUUAACCUUCAUGAUUACAUUGGCUGUCAAUGGGGAGUAUGUCUUCUGCAGUUCGAAUAUACAAAUUUAACAGACAGCUGUUAAUUUUAUAAAACAAAUUUUCUUGUGUGUUAAGGGAGAGGGACAAAUGUACCAGUCAUUAACCUUGAUGUUUACAUUGGUUGUUAACGAGGAGUAUGUCUUCUGCAGUUCGAAUAUACAAAUUGGGGAAGUGUGUGACCCUUGUUACAGUGGAUAAGCUUUAGAAACAAAGAAGAGCAAUAUCAACAACUACAUAUAGUCUUAAUAGUAACAUUUUGUACUCCAGUUAACAAAUGUUGGUGUACUGUUCACAGAAGAGCGGAUUCUACUCUGUAUUCUUCUGUGAGGAUCCUUUCUGACCAGAGGUAUCAUGUUCAGUAUUAAAUUAUAACUGUGUAAUUGAUAUGUAAUUUUCUUGUUCAUCAUUAUUAUUUCAAAAUGUCAUUAAACUUCCUGGAAGUGCCUCAGUUACAGGUAGUACAUCUCUCAAGAUGUUUGGCUAAUGAACAUAGAUGUAUUUUGUGUGUGUGUGUGGGGGGGGGGGGGCGGGAGGGAGAGAGAGAGAGAGAGAGAGAGAGAGAGAGAGAGAGAGAGAGAGAGAGAGAGAGAGAGAGAGAGAAGGGGGGAGGGGGGCGGCAUGAGAGGAUGAUGUACUGUUGCUUUCGUCGUCAUAGGGCAGGUGACCCCCCAAGGUGGGAACUAAAUUUGUCAAGGUGAUGCCUGGUACAUGUUUGAAGUGAGAUUGUUUGCAAAAGAAAUGAACCUCUAUAUUUUAGUAAUAGCUCUGAUUUUUAAAGGUAAUGUAAAUGUAAAAAAAAAGUACUAGAUAUAUCACAGUAGUAGUGUCUUCAUAUUAGAUGCAAAAAUAGGAACAGAAGUGCACAUAUAGACUGGCGGACAAGUGCAUGUGGAUUAGAUGGAUUUUGUUUUCUGAAGGAUUACUCGUUUCUCUUAUUCUGAUAGAAUAUUGAAGGAAAAAAAAGCUGUAGGGGUGGUGGGCAUUAUUUCACAAGCCUGUUCUGCCACUUGGCUUCCUUUAAAUUCAAAAUUUGGUUUUUACCUUUUCUCAAUUACCUGUUGACUACCCUGUCAUCCUAUUACUUCUGUGCUUCAUAAAAACCAAGAAAUAAUUAAAAAUUUCUGAAAGCUCGAGUGUCAGCAACCGUGUUUGUGUGAACACAUGUCCAUAUUGUGGAGGCCGGAUAGAUGUUGCUCGUCAGUUGUUAACUUCUGUAUUUUUUCUAGUCCUUCAUACUACAAAAUUUUGCAUAUGUUAAGAAGUGAUGUUCCAAAGAAAAAAAUUUUCAUUGUAAUAACCAGUGAUGCGACAUUCUGUGAAGGCAAGGACAUCACUGCCAUGUCGUUCUAGAGAUUUGGAAAUACAAUAUUGCGUACAGUUUCUAGACAGAAACUUUCUUUUGCUCACACCCAACAAAUUAAAAUGAAUGCAAAUUCUGACAGUUUUGUGUUCAGUGAUACUUGCUUUCAGCUUACUUGCAGAUUCUAUUAUUCGUUGCUGUAAGCAGCACUGUACAGUCAAAUAAAAUUUUCAUUCCUCAAAAGUCUGAAAAUUGAAUUAACAUUAAUAAUCAGGAAUAUGGUUGUUAAUUUUUAGAUUCUAAGAGAAAGAAUCUGAAUACAUUGUUAUAGACUUCUGUAUCAUUAUGAUUCAGGAGCCUAUGUAAAUGCCUAGCAGCUGUUACUAAGAUACGAUUUGAAUACAAGUUUCCAUUACAGUAUAAAGCAGAACUGCUGUGGAGCGCAUAAUUAGGGAUGCUAUAAUUCCAGUAUUGUAAAUUAGCUCUACUUCUUAAAGUGUGAUUGGUGUUCUUACCAUCUGUCAGAACAGAGCAUGGCUCUGUACUGAAUGGUUUGUCAAAAUAUUUUUUAGUGAAAUGAGAUUCACACACUACGCACCAUCUUAAAUUACAUUAUUUGCGGGGGAAAAGGCUUCAGAUCUGCAGCCUUAAGAUUAAAUUUAUUAUAAAAUACUUCCUUAAGGAAAUCUGACAGGUUAUUGGACAGUUCAGAAGAAUCUUUUGUAGAUGUUUAGUUCCGUUCAUCCACUCCCUUUCCCCAGCACUUUCUCCAUUGUAUCCCUCCCAUUGAUGUCAUAAAUAAUGGAAUGGUAACUGCAUGUUGUUGAAUUACGAUGUUACAGUGUAGUAGUGAUGUUGUCUGCAGUAAAUAGUGUGUGUGUGUGUGUGUGUGUGUGUGUGUGUGUGUGUGUGUAAUUUCUGUGUUAGUGGCUUCCAGAAAUUUUCAGUUAAUUUCUUACUGAUAAACUGUAUCAGGUGUUUUUGUUGUUGAUAUAAAAAUGUGAACAAAUUUUCUUAUGUUAAAUGAUAGUGUGCAUCUUCUGAGGGUAAUUGACUAAGUGAAGUAGUUAGUGUGUUUGGUUCUGUCUGUAUGGAGAAAAGUUUUUUUCUUUGUUAUUAUGGAACAGGUUUAAUUUCAGUGUGAAAUGUGUACUUGUUCCCCUUCAAAAUGUAAAAGCAGUUGUCAAACAGUGUUUGAUUCCAGUUGAACUUGUAAUCAGUACUGAAUCUUUGACUUGAACAGGGUUAAAGCCAGUGAGAUCUUUAAAUGUUCUGGUGGUGCAGUGUUAAGAUACACUGAGCAGUACAGUCUUGUACUGUUCGUGCCUUGUCAGUCACUUUAAGCCUUAAUCUGCAAGAUGAGCUCCAGGCUCCUGUGAAUAAGUGACAGCAUUUUUGGUUCAAUAAAGUGUUCAGAGCAGUGCCAGGCAGGUGCAUUGUUCCGUGAAUUCAACUUAACCAUAUUUGUAUGAUGGGAAAAGGCUGUUUGGGACACAAGUGGAUAGUGUAUGUGAAUAGUACAUGUGUAUUUGGAAAAGACUGACUUUAAUUAGCUCAUUGGAAGUGUGUUCUACGGAGAUGGGGCUGUGUGUUUGCUGUAUUCAAAUAAUUGUUACAGUUUGAGUGGAACAGACUCUUUUGGUUACUAUACUUUCAAUGAAAAAGUGUUGAGAAUCGGAAUAAUUGAGUUUUUUAGUUAAUUUUUGCAUAAAGUUAAAUAUUUGUGUUUGCUUCUGCUGUCUCAUCAGCCAGUUUGCUCUUUAAGUUGAAAGUUGGUCAUAGUAGACCUUAUUUAAUGCUGGUGUGAUAAGUCAUCUUUUGAGAUAAGUAAACAGAACCUACUCUGAAUUAUGUGGAAGUGUAAACUCAUUGCUCGUUUGAAAAAACUCAAGUAUGUAAUUUUAUUUGUUAUCAAAUACUUAAACAUUUAAUAACAAUUUUCUGCAUGGAGCAGUGAACUUAAUGUUCUAAAAUUGAAACUGAUUUUUAUGAAUGUCCAUGCCAGAAAAUAGAUAAAAUUUAAGCUAUUUUCUUCUUAAAGAAGCUGCUGUUACAGUUACACUUGUAGUUCACAUUGACCUGUGAUUCUGAUUCAAGCAGGUACUCUGUUUUGAAGUUAAGUGUAAUUUUUUUAUCACUUAUAGUUAAAGCACCUGUACAGUAAUGUAAUAGCAGCUUCAGAAUUUCAGUUUGUUUGUAAAGGAAAUUUGUUACUGAACUUAAAAUGUUAAAUUUUGUACAUAUAUAUACAAUGUAAGACUUUUAAGUUAUACUGUGAAUUGAUUAAAUUUUGGAAGUGUAUGCAAAGCUUCAUUCUAAUUUUGGAAAAUUAAAUGGAUUUAAUUUCAAUGAAUUUCUUAUAAAUGUCUGUUUAGCAGAAUGUCAAAGAGAUUCUUGUUCGUUGGAAUUUACUGUGUGUUAAUGCAUGCCACAAGUACAGUACAUACAAUACCUGUCAGUUUUAAUUCAAACAAGUGUUUCAUGGAGUUAAAAAUUUUUACUGAAGUAAAUUAGUUUGUUGAACUAAUUUGAAUAACUUAGUGAUUUUUUUCUUUUUCUUCUUUGUGUGUGGGUGUACCUGUGUGUGCACUCAGAUAUGAGUGGUAUGGACACAGAUUAUUUUUAAGGCAGCCUUAUAUUUUAAAGGGGUAUUUCUCCCUGUCCAUUGUGGGGUCUGUGGAGUAGCAUCUUUAUCACCCCACUGUAAAGGAAUUCUGCAAUGAAAUAUUCUCUGUUAAUGGAGAAAUGUGUUGGACCAUCAUAAAUUGUGCAGGCACUCCAAAAGAACAAAUUAUUGCCUCUCAGUGAUAUUUCUUGUGAUAAGUUAUUGGAGUAAAAACUUAAUUAACAAAGUGUGUGUCACAGGAUAUUAAACGCCAAAAAGCAAGCGUCUCUAUCUGGUGUAGACUACCUUAGUUUGGUAACAUAGUGUACAAAUUGUAAAGUUACAUAACUCAUUAUGUAUGCUCAUUUAAUGAAUUCCAUAAAAGUGCCUCCUAUUUCUUGGGUUAA